AUGGCCUUCAUCACUGGCCUGCACGUCUCCAUCAACUUUGAUGAAAAGAAAUUGCUCGAAAGCAAAGGCUUCCAGCAAAUCACUAAAAACCUGAACGAAGGCAUUGCGGGUGCAAACAGCAUCUACCUCUGGUACAAGAAAGGAGACACGGCCCCCAUCACCAGGGUCCAGGUCUCCUUCAAUGAGGAGAUGGCAGUGAAGCUGACGGGUUACCAUAAGAUAGAUAAAAAUCUCAACACUGGUACCUCUGGAAAGCCUCUGUACAUGUGGUUCUCAAAGACCACAGGAGACUAUGACGUCCCCAUCACUGACAUCGUGGUGACCGUGGACCCCAACAGCGAGGUGGCCCAGCUGACCACGAGCGACCUGAACCUGGGAACCAGAGGGAAGUUUGUGUACGCUUGGCUGAAGAGAGAGCGUCCCAUUUACAUCUGCGACGUCACCGCCACCGCCACCUACGGCCAGGACCUGUCACUGUUCUCCAAAGGCUACACCCGAGUGGACGUCAACACCAACAUGGGAACCAGGGGCGGGGCCGAGGUCUUCAUCUGGUACCGUAAGACCAUCAACAAGGAGCUCAGUCUGGUCGCCCUGGACGUCUCCAUCAACCAAGAACAAGCUGAGAAACUGAAGCAGCUGAACUACAACAUGGUGGGAGUCAAUUUGAAUGAAAACACCUCUGGAAGUGACGUGUAUCUGUGGUUCCAGACAAAGCCGAAGCUGGACCGAGUCCGAGGCCUGGUGCUGCUGCGAAACAGCGACGCUGUGGAGGUUUACAAGAGAGGGAGAGUCACCGUCGUGGAGAGAAGCCUGAACGCAGGGAACCACGGCGACAUCAUCUACAUGUGCUUUGUUUAG